AUGGAUUUUCCAGACUCCAAUUUCUUGACUUGGAGUACCUUCUUCAACAACACUUUCCGCAAGUUCUGCCUAAUGGAUCACGUUGACUACACCAUGCUGAAGCUUGACGACGCCGACUGGACCCAAACCGACUACUGCAUUGUGUAUUGGCUGCACUCGUCGGUGUCUAGAGAGAUCCUCAACAUCAUCAUCAAGCUGCAGGACACCACCGCCUACUCUAGCCGGAUGGCGAUCACCGGACUCUUCCUCGACAACUCCAUGCAACAAGCGAUCUAUGCCCAACAAGAGUUACAUAGCCUCUAUCAAGGUGAAUUGUCCAUCACUGAGUACUGUGGCCGCCUGAAACGGUUUGCGGACACUCUUCGCAACGUCGACGCACCGCUGGCAGAUUAG